AUGAGACCCUCCCUCUUCAAGCCCCUCCUACCCCGCCAUACCUGCUUCUCUGCCGCGAGAACUUCUUCUUCUCUUCCUCAACUCUCCAACACAAUCAGAUCUAUUAGAUUUUUCUCAGCUACAUCCGCAGUCAUGGGUAACAAGGUUUUCUUCGAUAUCACCUGGCAGGGUCCCGUCAUGCAGAACGGCAAGGCCACCUCCACUGUCCAGAAGCAGUCCGGUCGCAUUAACUUCAACCUCUUCGACGAUGUGGUCCCCAAGACCGCUGAGAACUUCCGCGCUCUCUGCACUGGCGAGAAGGGUUUCGGCUACGAGGGCUCUUCUUUCCACCGAAUCAUCCCUGACUUCAUGCUUCAGGGUGGUGACUUCACCCGUGGCAACGGCACUGGUGGCAAGUCCAUCUACGGUGAGAAGUUCGCUGACGAGAACUUCACCUUGAAGCACGACAAGCCCGGUCUGCUCUCCAUGGCCAACGCCGGCCCUAACACCAACGGUUCCCAGUUCUUCGUCACCACCGUCGUCACCUCUUGGCUCAACGGUCGCCACGUUGUCUUCGGUGAGGUCGCUGAUGAAGAGUCCCUGAACAUCGUCAAGGCCCUUGAAGCUACUGGCUCCGGCAGCGGUGCCAUCCAGUACCAGGAGAAGCCCAAGAUCGUCAAGUCCGGUGAGCUGUAA